CGGAGGAAGCGGGGGCGGCGGGGCCGGGGCCGGGAGCGGGGCAGAGCCCCGGGAUCGGGAUGCGGCCGCGGCCCGGGACGCCGCCUCGUUGCCCGGAGCGACACCAUGCACCCGGCCGUGGCGGUGGGGCUGGUGUUCGGCGGCUGCUGCAGCAACGUGGUGUUCCUGGAGCUGCUGGCCAGGCGCUUCCCCGGCUGCGGGAACAUCGUCACCUUCUCGCAGUUCCUGUUCAUCGCCCUGGAAGGUUUCAUCUUCGAGGCCAACUUGGGCAGGAAGCGCCCGGCCAUCCCCAUCAGGAACUAUUGCAUCAUGGUGGCCAUGUUCUUCACCGUCAGCGUGGUCAAUAACUACGCCCUGAACCUCAACAUCGCCAUGCCGCUGCACAUGAUCUUCCGCUCGGGUUCUCUCAUAGCAAGCAUGGCUCUAGGGGUCAUCAUCCUGAAGAAAAGGUACAGCGUGGCCAAGUACAGCUCCAUAGCCCUGGUGUCCCUGGGCAUCUUCACCUGCACCUUCAUGUCUGCCAAGCAAGUGGCGUCAGACUCCAGCUCAAAUGAAGAGGAUGGACCCCAGGCUUUCCUCUGGUGGCUGCUGGGCAUUGCUGCCCUCACCUUUGCCCUGCUGAUGUCUGCCAGGAUGGGCAUUUUCCAGGAGACUCUGUACAAGAGAUUUGGGAAGCACUCCAAGGAAGCUCUGUUCUACAACCACGCGUUGCCGCUCCCUGGGUUCCUGCUCCUGGCUCCCAACAUUUACCAGCACGCCGUGCUCUUCAGCCAGUCUGAGCUGUUCCAGGUGCCGGUGAUCGGCCUGACCCUGCCCAUCAUGUGGUUCUACCUCCUGAUGAACGUCAUCACCCAGUACGUCUGCAUCCGCGGCGUGUUCAUCCUGACCACGGAGUGCACGUCGCUGACGGUCACCCUGGUGGUGACGCUGCGCAAGUUCGUCAGCCUCAUCUUCUCCAUCCUGUACUUCCAGAACCCCUUCACGGGCUGGCACUGGCUGGGCACGGCCUUUGUCUUCGUGGGCACGCUGAUGUACACGGAGCUGUGGCACGGCCUGGGGCCGCUCCUGGCGCGCUGCCGGGGCCAGGGCCGGCCCAAGGAGCAGUGAGAACACACGGAAUUCCCGCUGGGAGCUGUUGGCUGUGUGCCAGAGCAGAGCAGGGAACCCCCAGUCCAGGGGGUGUUUUUGUACCAGGGGAGGUGCUGGCUGUGCCAAGCUCCUGGGAGAAUGGGGGAGCCUGCACUGGGAACUUGGGGAAAGGAUCAUGGAGAAACAAUCCGGGCAUUUUUUGCGAGUUGGCAUUUUUUUAGGUGACCCCUUUUGCUUCCUUUUUUUUUUUUUUUUUUCCAUUGGAAUAACCCUUUUUAAGGAGAAGCUGAUCCAGAGCUUUGUUGGGAGCCCAGCUUCCAUGGCUGUUGGAUCAGCUGCACCCUGGGCCAGUUUUUGGUGCCGUCCUUUAAUCUGGAGGUGAUGGCUGAGCCCCAUUCCAGUGGGAACCCCUGAUCCCUGUGCUGGGAGGAUGGAUGUGGGACACAGCCCCAGCUGCAGCUCCCUGGCUUUCCCAUCCCUUGGCAUCAGCUUCCCUGUGGCUCCCUGUCCCUCAGUGUCACCCCUGGCUGCUUUUCCUGGAGCUUCCCUGCACUUUUCCUGGAGCAGUUCCCGUGCUGGAGCUGCUGUCCCUGCUCAGCUGGGACACCUGAGGCAUCCAGGAGGGAUGAAGGGGCUUUAAUAGCAAAGGAAAAAUGAUGGGAAAAAAUUCCCAAAGUGAUGGAAAGGCAGCACCUCCCUGCCAGGCAUUCCCUGAGCCAAGGCCACCUUUCCAAAACUUUUUCCCUGUAUUUUUAUCAUUUGCUUGGGAUAAUCCCCUUCCCAGCUUCCCAUGGCCUCAUCCCUGCUGGGAGCAGAGUGGGAAAAGGGAAAGGCUCCGUGCUGUGCUGGGAGCACUGGUUUAGCCCCAGCCCCAAAUCCCAGUGUGGGAAAAGGGAAUUCCAUCCCACCUGGAGCCAGCGUGGCGCUGCCAGGACCUGCAGCUCCAUCCCAACGUCCUGAAGGAUUUUUUUUUUCCCCCCAGUUCCCAUUUUUCCUGAGCCUGGGAUUGUGGGAUCCAGGGAUUGUGGGAUCCAGGGAUUGCUUUAUCCAGGCAUUGUGGGAUCCAGGGGUUUUAUCCAGGGGCUGUAGGAUCCAGGGAUUGUUUUAUCCAGGGUCUGUGGGAUCCAGGGGUUGUGGGAUCCAGGGGUUGUGGCAUCAAGGGAUUGUUGGAUCCAGGAAUUGUUUUAUCCAGGGGCUGUAGGAUCCAGGGAGUGUGGGAUCCAGGGAUUGUGGGAUCCAGUGAUUGCUUUAUCCAGGCAUUGUGGGAUCCAGAGUUUUUAUCCAGGGGCUGUAGGAUCCAGGGAUUGUUGGAUCCAGGGAUUGUUUUAUCCAGGGAUUGUGGGAUCCAGAGAUUGUAGCAUCCAGGGAUUGUGGCAUCAAGGGAUUAUUGGAUCCAGGAAUUGUAGGAUCCAGGAGCUGUAGGAUCCAGGGAUUGUUUUACCCAGGGACUGUAGGAUCCAGGGAGUGUGGAUCCAGGGAUUGUGGGAUCCAGGGAUUGCUUUAUCCAGGCAUUGUGGGA